AUGUUUGCCGAAAGAAAUUAUUCAAAGAUUAUUGAGUUAUUAAAACCUAGUCAUUACCAUUCUCAAAAGAAAAAAGAAUGUAGUAAAAAUAACAAUUUAGUAUAUUCAAUCCUUAAAGAAUUAAGAUGUUAUUGGGUUCCAUUUCAUCCUAUUAACAAGAAAAUUGUAGGAGAGACAAACUUAAAUAAACGACUGAAUGCUGUAUUAAAAAUACUUCAAUCUCUUGAAGUAAUUGAAAUGAAAAAUGGAUAUGUCAGACUAAAACCCUAUUCUAGUGCUAUUGCUUUUAAUGUUGCUUCGCUUAAUGAAAUUCAAUUCGAGCUAAUGAAAGAAAAUCAAAUCUUAGAAACUCAAAUCACAGACAUUCUUCAUCAAUACAGUUAUACUCAUAAACUAUUUCCUAAUAUUCAAAUUAGUUUUGAACAAUCUGCACUUGAACUCUUCCUUCAAGACAUAUCUCCAUUAAAUUAUAACCCUCAAUUAGUAAAUUGGUUAUUUCUUUGGAAACACUCACUUCCAUUGCCUUUAUCAAAUUCUUCUUCUUCAACAUUUGAUCCAUUACAACCACCUUCUCUUAAAUGUACUGUAAAUAAUUAA